GGGAAGGUCCAACAGCAACCUGGACCCGGCCGGGUUGUUGGGGCCUGGAGCAGCAGCAGUGACAAAAGCGCCAUCAGGGCCCUCGAACUUCGGGCGGGCCUCCCCGGUCCCAGUGCCUGGCUCACCGAUCAAGGUGGGCGGGCGGCUUAGUACCAUGGCCAGGGCCGGCAUGGAGCGGUGGCGUGACCGGCUGGCACUGGUGACGGGCGCCUCCGGGGGCAUAGGAGCGGCGGUGGCCCGGGCCCUGGUCCAACAGGGACUGAAGGUGGUGGGCUGCGCCCGCACUGUCGGCAACAUCGAGGAGCUGGCUGCCGAAUGUAAGAGUGCAGGCUACCCCGGGACUUUGAUCCCCUACAGAUGCAACCUGGCCAACGAGGUGGACAUCCUCUCCAUGUUUUCGGCCAUCCGCUCACAGCACGGCGGCGUGGACAUCUGCAUCAACAACGCGGGCCUGGCCCGGCCUGACACACUACUGUCAGGCAGCACCAGCGGUUGGAAGGACAUGUUCAAUGUGAAUGUGCUGGCCCUUAGCAUCUGCACACGGGAAGCCUACCAGUCCAUGAAGGAGCGGAAGGUGGAUGAUGGACACAUCAUUAACAUCAAUUGCAUGUCUGGCCACCAGGUGCAACCCCAGCCUGUGAUCCAUUUCUACAGUGCGACCAAGUACGCUGUCACUGCCCUGACAGAGGGACUGCGGCAUGAGCUUCGGGAGGCCCAGACCCACAUCCGAGCGACAUGCAUCUCUCCAGGGGUGGUGGAGACACAGUUCGCCUUCAAGCUGCAUGACAAGGACCCUGAGAAGGCAGCUGCCACCUAUGAACACAUGAAGUGCCUCAAACCGGAGGAUGUGGCCGAGGCGGUCAUCUAUGUCCUCAGCAGUCCCCCACACGUCCAGAUCGGAGACAUCCAUUUGAGGCCCACGGAGCAGGUGACCUAGUGUCCUGUGGGGAGUUCUGCUCCGCGCCCCCAUGGCUUGGCUCCUGCCUCUGGACCCCUGGAUUCCACUUCCCUUCCUCAUUCCCACCAGGGGCUAGCAAAGAUGUUGGGGGGUGGGGGGGUGUUAAAUUAUCAAUUGGUUGCCAUAGCAAAUGUGAAAAGUGAGCUUGGGAGAGAAGAUAACUUGGUUCACCCCUUCACAUGCUCCCAGUCGCCUGCUUGGGAUCCUUGGCCUGUGCCUGCUCUCCCCAGUACCCUGCUUCCAUUUUGCCUGGGAAAGGAGCAGGGGUCAGGAGGAGGCCAAUCUUAUUCCCCAACUCUUGCCCUCAGGGGUGGGUAACCUGACAUCCCAAUGGCUAUCCUGGGCCCCAGUCUUCCUUCCCUCCACUCCCAGCGUCCCUGCUCCCUUCCCAGCUCCCCAGCCCAAUCUGGGCUUCUUAGCCUGGGUGGGGCCAUUCCUUGGAUGAUGGCAUCAGAAUAGCAGGGCCCAGCUCCCAGUGCAUUUCACUAUGAAAUUAAAAGACAGAUUUCAAGCAA